AUGUUAGUAACGAGUGCUGUUGCGCUGCUCGCCCUGGCCUUCAUUCUGCAGUCAGCAUGCCAUGCUUAUGCGGAGGUCUCUUACGGCGUGUUUGGAAAGCUGAUCUCGCUCAUUCGACCCCAAGCUGAAGACUUGGAGGAGAAGAACGAAGCCUACGACUUUAGCGCUGGUCAGGGGAGGCUGACAAGACUUCUCCAUCGACUCGCAUGCAUAAUUUUGGUGUGGCAGUUGGUUUGCACGGUUCUUCACUCUUGCACACAGCUCAGUAGUAGCUUGUCAUGGAGUCUGCCAGUUCUGGCCCUUGCGCAUCUGUUCGUUCCACAGGCCACUCACCACGCCCACCCAAUCUACAAAACAGCACUGGCAAGACCAGUUCCGUUUACAUGGUUGCCGGAACAUCCGCAGGCUGGGUUCUCGGACUGGUACAACACAGAUAUGGAGCACUAUACCGCCGAAAAGGACGUUCUCAGAGUACCGAGUCUUGAUCUCAAGCUUUUGCCAGCACUGCAGGAAGCAAAUCUGAAGCGACUUUCAAUCCGGAAUGUGCUCCUCCUCACGCUGGAAAGCACAAGAAAAGAUGCCUUUCCUUUCAACUCCAGUGGCAGUAUUGCAAACAGUCUAGCAGGUACAUUUGAGGGAAAGGUCAUUCCGCUCCAUGUCAGCGAGGGCCUUGCAUCGCUUGACCCUUUUGCCAAAUACUUCGUAGGCCAAAGCGAGGAUACCAGGUGGCCUGCCCGAGGGCGGAUCAACGCCGAACAAGCCUUUACGACCAGCACAUACACCCUAAAAAGUUUGACAGGCACUGUCUGUGGUAUCACGCCCCUCGCAGCGGACUUUAAUGAGGAAUACUCACACAACAUCUAUCAGCCAUGCCUCCCACAUAUAAUGUCAACACUCAACAAUCUCAACGCAUCUCGGCGGUGGGAGUCGAAGUAUAUGCAGUCCACCACUCUAUCAUACGACAAACAAGACAGACUGCUCCCAAAAAUGGGAUUCGACGACAUAAUCGGCGGAGAAUAUCUAAAGGAAAAACACAAGUUCGGACCAGCUCAUAACGAAGACGUCAACUACUUUGGUAUGCCUGAAGAGGUUCUCGAGGAUUACAUCCGCGAUGCAUUCAUCACAGCGCGGGAGAAGGGCGAGAAUUUAUUUCUAUCCCAUCUAACCAGCACGACCCAUCAUGGAUUUGGCAUACCGGAAGUAACAAAGUUUGCUCCCCAGCCAGGCUUGCCUCGUUCUAGCGAGCUCUCCAAUUAUCUCAACGCAAUCGGUUAUGUCGAUGGCUGGCUCGGGAGGAUCAUGACAAUCUUACAGGAAGAGGGUGUCUUCAACGAGACACUAGUCAUCGCAGUUGGCGAUCACGGCCUAGCACUCGCAGAACACGGCCACCAUACCGCCUUUGAAGAUCCACACAUCGCAACGUUACAUGUCCCGCUUGUAAUCUCGCUGCCCGGACUCCCCAACAUCGACAUCACCGAAACCGUCACAUCCCUUCAGAUUCUGCCUACGAUUCUGGACCUCUUAAUCGAAACCGACUCGCUUUCCGAUGAGCAAAGCAAAGCAGCACAUGAUCUCCUCCACAAUUCCGAAGGCCAGUCACUACUGAGAGUACACCCAGGCAACGAGACCGGAUACUGGCACUUCCACAUCACCAAUCCAGGAGGAACCACCGUAUCCGUCCACGACGCAAGGAGACCUUCCUGGCGUUUAGCCGUCCCGCUUAUUCCGGAAGAGCCUUGGCGAUUCGUAGAUCUAGCUCACGACCCUUGGGAGCUGAAGCCGCUGCGUGCGAUGAAUCCCGAAACUUUGACGAGUCGCGCGGCGUUGUAUAAUACGACUUUGCCUGCUGAGUGGCUGGCUGAAGCGGCUGAUAUUGCGGAGUGGUGGCUGCAGGAAAACCAUCGGCGGUGGAGAUAUGAAUCUUAUGAUAUGUAG